CCCCUCCCCUCUCGGCAGUUGACGAGACGAACAGACGGAGGCUCGGUGUCAGAGCGGAGCGGAGAUUUAUCGAUGCUUACGGGCGAAAGAAACAGCACCGUUAGAUAACUAGUCAAACUACUAGCUGCUUUUAAUUCCGAAGAUAACAGCCAAAGGAAAAAAAGGAAAAAAAAGGAGAGAUUUAAGGACAUUUCAAGACGUAUACAUCUUGAAGAAACGAUGCAGCGGUUUACCUCCCGGUCAGGUGAUUUCCCCCUGGCUACCUAGAGCGUUAGUGAUUCAGAAACUGGUAUGGCUCCUGCCCUGACCAAAACCCUCAAAGAUGGCCAUGGUAUCCACUUGUCCUCGCCUCCCGCCUCCGUCAGAAUGGACUCAGAUGGGAGAGCCGUGCACAACGCUGAUCUGGAGUUUCAGCUCAGAUCGAUAGACGACGGCGACCUCCAGAAGAUGUGGCUGAAUCUUUCCUCGUUUCCCUCCUUGGACGUCCCCGCCAACUCUGUGCUCUCUCCGUGCCCGCAGGCGUCUGCCAGCCAGUAUGAGACGGUGCUCGUCCCCAGCCCCACUUCUCUCCUUAACCUCUUUUCCUUCGGCGAAGAUCUGAGAGAUUUUCAUCAGGUGGCCUCCGUCUUCCCAGGUGUACCGGACAUGUUUUUAGUCCCUGGCUCUGAGCACAAUAGCCAAGAGGCUCGCCUGCUGCAUGGACAUAGUGCUGCUCCUGAAUGUGGGCCAGAUGGUGGUGAUGUGCAUCACUCCCCUCUUAGCCUGACCAUUGUUCCUCCUUCAUAUUCCCACGGGGAGAUAAAGCACCAGGGCUGCACUCCCGUCUUUGCAGCCCCGCCUAAACUGACACAGGAGAAAGUCGCUGGCACGGGCUGUCCUCCUCCACCUCUGGUGCAGCCUUGCAGUGGCAGGGUGAACUCUGACCAGGUGGCACCCAGAGUUAUGCUGGAAGAAGCCGUGAAGGAGCGGCACGUUAGGCAGGCAAGUCUGCACGGCCGAGCUCAGAGGCUGCAGCGGAGACUACAAGCCCUCCUUGUUGAGCACGCUUUGUUACACUGCAACCAGCAGCUGGAAGGGCUGGAAAGGCACGGCCAACUUGGAGAUGUUUCUUUUGACAGACUGGACAACAUGCAUCCUGCCAUACUACCUCCACAAGUGGGCUGUGAACCCAAUUUCUCUUGGCUGGAGUCGCCCACGGCCUCGUCUUCCUUCACAGAGCUCAGAGAGUUCAGCUGCUCCAGCCAGGCGAUGCUGAGAGGCCUGCAGGAGGCUUUAGACUCUGAGGCCACGGCCAGCAGCAGCUCAGACGAGGAAGUCGAGGAUGAUAGGAGUCACAGAAGAACCAAGACUUCACAUUUCUGCAGCAGCAGCAGCAGCAGCAGCAGCAGCAGCUGUGAGAGGCGGUGGCUAGAAGAGAGAGCGGAGCUGGGCAGCAGAUGGAGUUGGUUGCAGCUGCGUCUGGCCAAACUGGAGGGGCGGAUUCAACAACUAGUCGAGCUCCACAAGCACAUCCGCUCUACCAAGGGCGGUGUGGUGCUUGCUGAGUCCCAGCCACUGACAGACAGACAGAUUCAGCAGACCCUGCUGCGAGAGAUGGCGGGGUUAUCCUGCACAGCCUCGGAUGCUGACACCGAACACUGCAGCCCCACGCGCCUCCUGCACAACAUAGAGAGACAGAGUGCUCAGCUCAGCCAGAUUGUCAACAGUCUGAUACCCCCUCUCAGCUUUUCACCGCUAUCAAAACAACCACAAACCUGGAAGGGCAAGAGGGCCUUUACAAGUGGUCAGAGAGGAGAUGAUGCCUUUGUGCCUGGGAAGAGAAGGAGACUGGGGACAAAGAGGCUUUUCAAAGCUGAUCUGUCAUGCGUGUGUGCUCGAACCCGACCCCUAGUCACCUACCACAAGCCCAAACUGUUUACUUUCAGCACCAACAACCCCAGCAGUCCACGGGACUCUGGGAACUCCAUGUCUACACUAUCGUCUUCCUGUUCAUGUUGUUCAUCUUUUGAUCCUGUAGUCCUGUGCUCUGAUCCAGACUGCAGCUCCAGUCAGGCUGUGUCCUCCAGGACCUCCAGCUCCACACCUCACCGUGUGUUGUCUCUUUCAUUUGACACUUCACCGGCCCAUCGCUUAAAGAGGGCCCUGGCCAGAGAACAAUGGUUCCAAAAGCCUUUGGUUGUUAAUAUCCAACCAUACAGUCCAGCACACUACAACAGACGCAGCUCCACGCCACUGCACAAGAGUCACAAGUACAAGCAGCAUGCAAGGCAUAAAAGCAAAGUUAUGGGUCUGUCGCCAAUUGGGACGACAGGCUCUGCUCAGAGUCAGCACAGGAGAGCCAAUGAGAGGAAGAGGAAGAGAAGGCACAUUCACAGGCUGAUAGAAGAUGAGGAAGAUGUUCUGUACCAGCUCUGUGACACAGAGGACAGUUCAGAUGAAGUUCUGGAAGAGAGCUACACACAGGUUACACGCAAGCAGGCCUCACAGGGCUUUGUUCGCAAACGCCAGGGAGAGAGUGUGUACAACAUUAACAACGUUGUCAUCCCCAUGUCAGCGGCUAAAGUGGAAAAGCUGCAGUACAAAGACAUCCUGACACCCAGUUGGCGAGUGGUUGACACAUCACCUCAGAUGAACAGGAAGGCAGAGACGGUAGAGGAUAAUGAAGAGCAGUUAGAGGAUCUCACUGAUGAAGUCUUUGCCCAGAGACACUUGGCCUUAGAGCAGAGGGAGAAAUUGCGCUGGGGUUCGUGGGGAAAAAGAAAAUGCUGCAGGCGUCCUCAAAGAUCUGGCAGUAGGUUGUCAGGCAGUGGGGGCGUGUUGUGCACAUCAGGAGAGGAGAGCUCUGUGGAGUUGAGUUGUGCUCAGCUGGAUACUGAUGAACAGCAAAGCUCAGAGGAGUGGCUGCAGCCUCAGACACCAUGGGAGCAACGGGUGUUUCCUUUGGUUGAGGAUGACGAAGAAGCCCUGUUCCACGGUGACCUACAAAAGGUUCCAGAGUGGUCAGAGUGUAGCUCUGCCUCCACCACAUCAAGGAACUCCAACUCCCAUCUCUCACCAGCUCUGUCGUCUGGUGCUACAGUGCCGUCUGGUGGACAAAGCACAACACUCGAUGGCAGCUGAGAGGGCAGUGCCUUACUUUUUUAACAUAUUUCCCCACGUCUGGGACCAUGUGGAGAAAAUGUGCCCUGGGAACCUUGACUAGGGAUAUUUUAUACAUUCAGUUCAGUGAUUUGAUGUAAUGUUGUUGCCUUAAUGAUUUGAAGCAAAGGUGUUUAUUUUGUUAGCAUUGUAACAUGUCACAAUAGUUUGAAUUGACUACUGUAGCUCCUUCUAUGCCUUCAGGUUUUUAAUUUACAAGAGGUACUGUAUGUAGAGAAAUAUGUACCAGCACAGCCCCAUUGUAGUCUCAGGUUUGUACACUGUUUGUAGUUGGUGCUAUUUAUUUUCACAGUUGUCUUAAACAGUCUGUAUAAAAAAAGACUUUAGUAUACACAUAUAUAUUUAUGUACUUUAACACGAUUUACAUGUAAUUUUUAAUUUUUUUCUUUAUGUUGAAACUGUCACUUUAGUAUGUAUUUUUUAUUAAGAAAGAAAAGUGAUUACUAAAUAAUAUCAGUAAAUAUACUGUAGUGGUAGGUGUCAUACUUUGCCAGCUGGUACAUUAAAGUUACAUUUAAAGUUUUACAAUUGCUGAUUGAAAUGGUAACAGGCACAAGGCACAUGGGUGACUGACUGAGUCCAGUGUUCUAGAGACAGAAAACAAGAGAUAACAAAGAAUAAGAGAAAUAAGAAAUGCUUUUAGAUGUAUAUAACAAAUCUAAAAAUGGACACAUUAUGAGAUGCAGCUCAUCAGUCAGAAGCUCUGUGGUUUUCAUUUCAAUCACGUGAAAUGUCCCUGGAAGCCAGCUGUACUUAACUAAGAUGUCAUUGGUACAAGCUAAUACUGGAAGGACAAACUAAUAUGAGGUCAUUUCAGUCAUUUGGAAGAUUAACAUUUAUGGAGGUCGCCACUUUUUAGAGCCAUCGUCCCAGUGAAACAGCUCAUACUUUGAUCCCAUAUGUAUAACCUCUUCCAAUAUCCUUCACUGCUACCAGGAGGCCUAAUGGGCAGAUGGUAGUCAAGGUCAUCCUUCUCAUUCACAUGUAUGUGUGUCAGUUGCUUUAUACUGGGUAUAAAAGACUGGGUGUCCAGAAUUAGAAACUCAAUCACGUAAAAAUUAAUUUACAAGUAGUAAUUAUCUGAUUUGAGGUUGGUAGAUGGUGAUGAGUUUUCAAUUUCCAUUGCUUCAGAUGUCUGCAGAAGCAAAUCUUAAUUUGAAUUCUCUAUUAAACAAUAUUCCCCUAA